CGUCGACCAAAAACGAAUUUAUUCCAACCAUGGCGAACUGUUUCAUAAUAUGAAUCAUUGAUUCCCAUAUGCAGGGAAGGUAAGACCACAAGAGUAGAUCACAUUUGCUGUUGUCGCUGCUCGUGUUYGUUUUCUCCGUGACGAGAAACCAAUUUCAUAUACCAUCUUUCGUCUGAGUGGGGCUUAACCGGCCCUGUGAAAGAGAUACUUUUUGUUCCAACAUGUACUGAGAGAAAACUGAAGACAAAAGACGGCGCCAAUUGACCCGCCAUAACGAUCGAAAUAUAGAAUUGGACAUCCUCUCACAUGCAUCUYCUCUGUCUCGUSUUUCCGUCUUUCGUUUGCAUCCACUAGAUUGCAAUCGCCUCCCAGCGUAUGACAAUACAACCACCGAAACCCGGAUUUCUGCGAAGGAGAUCGAGACCGAGCGGCCUGGUAGCGCCGCGUCGAAAGAGCCUCUUCCUGGUUUCGAUCUCGGUCGCUUUUGUAGCGUGCUUUUUCCUCGUUCACAAUGCCAUAGCGUCUUCGGUUUCUCUGCGAUCGUCGUCCUCCAGUGCAUCGAAGAGCUCUGCUUCAUCUUCUUUCUCUGUCCCCGCGUUUACGCUUUUAGUUACGGCCCGUUUUGACAACCUUGGACACAAACAAGAAUUUCUAGAAAUUAUUCGGCCCGUUGCGGAAUACAUUCGAACGGGUGAACCGCAAACGCUAGCUUACGAGGUUCUACAGUCAGACAAGGACAAUCUCGAGGUCGUGGUACUCGAGCGUUACACGGACAAGGAGAACGCGUAUCUCACGAUCCACAAGUCCUCACCACAGUUUCUCGCCUUUCGAGCCAAGCUCAAGGUGAUGCAAGAGAAGGGAUAUGUAAGCAUCUCCGGACAAUCCUUCCUGGACUCCGGCGUCGGGUUCGGCGACCGCGUCGCACUCUAAACCAACAAAUCGGUGGKGUAUUUGCCAAGAKGAAYUGAGUUGUACAGGGUAGCUUGGACGCAUCCAGCGAUGCAAUAGACGAGAGACGUGCUUGCACUGGUAACAAUAACACAGCAUUAUUAUGUCGCUCAAAUUUGGCGAAUAUAAAUAUUGAAGCAUCGC